AAAUAAUAGCACAAAACGAAACAAUAAAAAUACUUAUAGGUUUACAACCUAAAAUAGUAAAAGAGGUAAUAAUAAUAAUUUAACUUACAGAGUUAAAGCCUUCAACUUUCAAUACAUUUUCUAUAACUCAACACUUUCGAAUUGAUUUGUAUAACCUAUAAACAUAACGUAAAUUUUGUAUAUUGUGUAUCUCAAUUACUAGAUAGCGAUGUAUUUUUGAUAGCAUUGACAACGGCAGUGAUAAUUUGAUAAAAAUCAUGGAUGAUUCUUAAAAAAUACUACUGGCUGCACUGGUUUCUUUGAAAAAGUUCAUUUUAAUGGCUAUAACAACAUAAUGGCUGACAGACUGAAUUUAGUGAAUGGGAACAAUCGAAUUAUUUCAACAUCGAGAAGUGAUUUAUCGAGAGGUUUUAACAAUCGGAGAGAUUCACUUGAAAAAAUCUCUCGGUCAAUUUAGUAUUUCAUUACAGUCAUUACACUCAGUUUCUCGAUAUUUUGUACAAACCGCAUUAUGAACAUGUACAACUAACCUUACUAAUUUUCAAUCGUUUUAUGUUUUAGAUUAAGACAUCAGUCGAUUUAAUUUCGUGACAAUCACUCGUUGAUUAAUUUAUCACUUGAGUGAUUUAGUUAUCACUCAUCUUCAGUUGAUUUCGAUACCGAGAAAAUUAUUCUCGAAUUUUCAAAACAAUCGAAAUAAUCGAUUAAAUCUAACAAUCGAGUAAUUUCUUUCGAUUGUUCCAAUCACUAGAUAUAAUAUUAGAGUUAGACUAUGCCAUCAUGGGUGACGUCGUAAUCGUAAACGUAACGACUGUUUUUAGUAAGUUAUUCUUCUACCAUAACACUGUCUAGUUACAUUUCUGAAGUUACUAACGCGUUUAGGCGGUAUAUUUUAAAAAAUAUAUUUAUAUUUCUCUAGCCAAAGUAUUAUUUUGUGUAUUGUUCUUUUUAUGAAUAAAAAUAAAUUGGAAACAUCCGAUCCAGCAAUUUUCGAAGACACAAAACUAACGAUUGUUAUAAGAACGAUAAUUUGUUCUUUGUUAGUGACAUCCUGAAUUCUUAAUUGGUGAAAUUGGUUAAUUUUUUUUGGAAUUUUGUCGAGGUAGUAUUACUUAUUUUUUUUAUUGGUGUAUAAUUUCAAUUAACUUUGUAGUAUGUACCUUAUUUUUUUUAUUCAGUGUUAGAUGGAGAACGUUGCGUGUCCACUUUGCUGUGAGGACAGAUUUUCCAAUCAAGAUUUGCUAAAAUAUCAUUUAUUAAGUUUAACCACAAACAUCCAAUGCCCUUUUUGUGGAAAACAGUGUGAUGAUAUCCACUCCUUGGUUGUACAUUUGGAUAAGAUGUGUAUAGAUAAAAAUGAACAAGUUGAAAAACCUAUUCAGGACGAUGAAAUGAUAGUUGUUUAUCCGGAUGGUAAGUUAUUCCGAAUGUUAAUAUAAUAUUGCUCUAAUUAAUUAAAAUUGGUAAAUUUUUAUCUACAAUCUUUAGAUGUCGAACAAGAACCAGUUAAUGUUACUGGUGAAUAUGAUAAUUUAGUGAACGAAGAGGACUUACAAAAUGAUGAAAAGGCAACUAAUGUUGAAAUAAAUGCGAAAACCGGAGUUAAAAAAUUUCUUGAAGAAUUUAUGGUAGAUGAUUCAACUAAAGUAGCAGGGGAACCAUCAGAAAAUGAAUCUCACGAAGAACCAAAUAUUUACCAUUGCUCUGACUGCAAGAUAAACUUUCCAUCAAUUCAAGAUCAUGUAAAUAACUGCCAUAAAGGACAAGAAGUUGUAUUUCAGGUUUGUUCAAAAUUAAAUUUAAGUGUAAAAAUGUAUACUAUCAUAUAUUCAUGUGUAGGUACCUGAAAAUGAAGAUCUCAAUCUUGCAUUGAGAAAUAUGGCUCGUAUCAUGGAAAAACAAUUGCCUCAAAUAGGAUCUUGGAUUAAAUGGGGAAAUGGCUAUUUUUAUACUAAUCAAAAAGAUGUGGUCAUGGAACAUUUAAAAAAUAUUAAUAAAUCAGAAGAAACAAAGUGUUUAAAGCCUGUUUCAGAUAAAAAAGAACUCAAAAAGAGUCAAAUUAUGACUGCCAAAAAUUAUUCAAAUCAUUGUAUUACUGAUUCAUAUGGUGAUAGGUAUUUUGACAUUCCUAUUUAUUCAAUCCAUCGUGCAAAUGAUAAAGUUAAUGAUUAUUUUCAAGUUGAAGCACGAAAGUUGAAUUUUAAAAAACGUAUGCGUCUUAUACGGUUAAGAUCAAACACUGAUCAUUUUGAUAUUGAACAAAUAUUAUUUCAAAGCAAACCAACCGAUUUCAAAGUCAUUCCAAUGUUAGAAAAAGCAACAGAAUGCUCUGAAUACAGUCAAUUAGACAACUUAGAGGAAUGUAUUUUACUUUCUUGGAAGUGUAUUGUUUGUGAUUUAAAAACGGAUCAUUGGGCCAAAAUAAAUAUGCAUAUCUGCAAUGAAGAUGAAUCACCAGAGUCUAAAUCAAAAAAUAAUAUAGAGACCAAACCUGUUACUGAGAAAAAUAAUAGUCGGUCAAUUUCCACUGUUCGAUCGAAACAUAUUUGUCCACAUUGUAAUGGAGAAUUUGAUUCAGAAGGUUAUUUAAGAACUCAUCUCAUGGUACAUGUAAAUGAUUCAAAUAAAUGUCCAUUUUGUGAUCAACCAGUAGCACCGGAAAUGAUGGAAACACAUCUAAUUGCUCAUCAAAAUCCAGAGUUCUCGAACCUAAAGUUUUUAUGCAAGUAUGAUUUAAAUUUAAUAUAACAUGAUCAUAUAUUUAAUUAUAACACCUUCCUGCGAAAUUUUGUUAUUUGUAUUAUAAUACUUGAUUAGUAUAGAUUUUGGCUCGCUGAGUUCAAAUCUGAAAUUAGUUUGUCUCUAUCACGUAUUUAAAUAUACAUAUGAAGAUAUUUACAUUAGAACAUAAGUUAUUAUAUUAUAUUUUGUAUUAAUAAGUAUACUGAAAUUUAAUGAAUUUAUAAAAUCUAGAAUACCUUUUGAACACACAUAGUGUAAUAUUAUCAAAUUAUAUAUUAAUCUUAUCGCAGCUCAAUUAAAUAUAUUUUUAAACUUAUACAAUUAAUGAUGUUUAUCUACCAUAUUAUAAUAUCAUCCUCUCUGUAUUCAUUUUAGUGAGAAUAAAAUAUCAAUAUUUUAUUCACAUGCUAUAUAUCCAACAUUUUAUUGUGUUAUUUUCAAUUUUUAAAGUAUGGCAGCUAAAUCCAAUAGAAGGUGUAGUAAAAAUAAUUCAAAUUUAUUUUAUUAUAUAUGUAGAGAAUGUUAUAUAAAACAACACAAUAACAUUGAAUCUUUUAUUUAAUAACAUAUAUUAUGAAUAUUUUGGUAUUCCGUUAGUACCCAGUGUACUCUGCGACACAAAAUCAACGGAGGAAAGGAAAAAAUAAGAAAACUUUUAAUUGUUUAGAAUAAUAUUGUAUUAUUGCAUUCUCAUCUAACAACUUCAAUGAUACUACUGCUAGAAUUUCCUAUAAUUUCUAUGGACUAUGCAUUGGUUGGGCAACUCAGUAUUGGAUUAUUGUGAAUAAGGGUAACAUGGAUCAAUAAAGGUUAAGAACCACUGCGUUAGGUGAUCAAGAUAAAUCUUGGGCACUCCAUAUUGUUUGCUGUUUCUGUGUUGAAGGUCUACGAAAUUGGAAACAAGGUAAGCGUUUUCACCAAGACAUCAAAGAGAUGGAAAGACAAUAUCAAGGUCAAUGGAAUUUAAGUAUGAUAAGCGAUUACUGUUGGUGUUUAAAACUUGAAACUGAAAAAUACCUAUAAAAGAAAAUCAAAUAAAUUUAGUUUCCACGAUCCUACAAAAAAGAAAACUGAAAAAAUCUUAUUUAAAUAUGUAUGAUAAUAUUUUGUAGUUAAUUUUAAUUUAACUAUAAAUACAAUAAAAAUAUUUCAAUUAUAAUAAUAACGUAUAUUAUUCUAAUAUAAAUAUUCUCCUCAUAUGUAUAUCUAAAUUGUAAAAAAACAUUACGUGAUAGAGAGAAACUGCUUUCAGAUUUGAACUCAGUGUGCCAAAAUCUAUAAAAAUCAGGUAUACAGCCGAAAAAAAAAAAAAUAUUUCGCAAGAUGGUGAAUUGAUGACAAAUAAUAACCAUUAACUAUUUUAGUAUAUGCAACAAAUAUUAUGAUUCUGAAUUUCGUCUUCGAUGUCAUCAAAGAGCACAUGAGAUGCGACGUAAACCACGUGAAAUAUUGUAUUGUGAUGUUUGCAAUGCUCAGUUUAAUGACAAAAACUCUCUGAAACAUCACGCUAUCACACAUAUUGAACCUCCCGAACGUUUACGACGAUUACACGAAUGCCGUUUUUGUGGGAAAACUUUUGUUAAACCUAUUGAGAAAGUAAUUUUACUUACAAUGCUCAUUAAUUAUGUUUUUAUAUUCUACAUAUAAAAAUUUACAUAUUUCAGGUAAAUCACGAAAGAGUACACACAGGUGAAAAACCUUUUGCCUGUCCUGUUUGUGGGCGUUGUUUCAGACUUAAAGAUCUUGUACAAAAACACAUGCGCGUUCAUACCAAAGAAAGGCCUUAUAAAUGUCGCCAUGAAGGCUGUGAAAAAACAUUUAGUGCAUCAAGUAGUAGAGUCAACCAUGAACAAGGCCAUUCUGGUAUCAAGCAAUUUAAAUGUUUUUACUGUCCAAGAUAUUUUAAAAAUUGGGUAAGUAAUAAGUUUAAAUUCUAUUUAAAAUCAAGUAUUCUUUAUUUAUUCACUUAUUUAAUCAAGGUUUCGAGGAGUAAUCAUGUUCAAGAACACAUGGUAAAGCACAAAUGUGAAAUUUGUGAUCGUUCUUUUGUAUCAUUUUGUAAUUACAAGAAACAUUUAAAAAUGCAUGCAGAAGAACGGCUCAAAUUCAAGUGUAUGAUUUGUCGUCAAGCAUUUGGAAGACAACUAUUUUUAGACAAUCAUCUCAAUAAUGAACAUCUAAUGAAAUCACAUAAAGAACACGUAACAACAACAUAAUUUUUUUAAAUUAUUUCUCAUUUUAAUUUAACAAAUAAAAUAUUUAUACAAUUUUAAAUAUGCUUAAGCAUAUUGUUGCCCAUGCAAAAAGUGACUAAUUAUAAAAACUUUUUAAUCCGUCACUGGUUGUAUAAUUUUUUUUUUUUACAUUUAGUCGCGCAGGUUAAAAUUUUCCAUAAUAUAAAAUUUACUUAAAUUAUUACUCUUAGUUGGUACUAGUAAAAAUAUAUUUAUAAUUUAGUGUAAUUUUUUUUCGAAUACUAAUAUUCCAUAUAUGUUUUUUAUAAUGAGAAUCAAGAGAAAAUUAAAUCGAAUAAAAUGUUAAAUAAAAAGUAACAUUAAUCGCGUGGGGUAAAUAUUUUCCAAAUGGAUAAAUUGUUCUUGACACACAUGUACCAAACAAACUAAAAUAGUUUUUGAUGAAUUUAAAUUCAUUAUCAAAUUAUGAAGUGAUUUUGAUAAGCUAAUUAAAGUUACAAAUCUGUAUUACUGAUAAUUACAGAAAAACACAUAUUUUAUUAAUACACUGGAAGAUUAUUUAUCCUGUGUGACCAGUAACUGGCUAACCAGUUCUUACUCGCAUGUGAGAAUUUCCCUUGCAUAGAUUUUAAGUUGAGAACAAUUAACUUGCUUAGUUAUAUUCUCCUUGAAUUCAUACCUAACCUAACCUAUUUAAAAUAGAUUUGUUGAUAAAUAGGCAGUUAAUCAUUUUGAUUAAGAUAUAUUAUGUUUAUGAUAUUUAAAAAAAUAGGUAAACCAAUCGCACAAUGGGCAAGUAAUGGUGUUCAAAUGUCUUGACUGGUUAACUGUCUUAAUUAAUUUUUAUAUAUGUACAAAAUAAAAUAUUUAUAAAUUAUAUUUUCAUACUUUUACAUUUCUUUGCAGGAUUGUCAUAAUACACAAUUCACUUAUAAUAUAGUAGUUGAUUCUCUUGUACAUUUUACUAUUAAUUAUAUUAGAAAAUAAUUUGUUCAUAAAAUUGUAUAUUUUCUUUCUAUUGAUUAAUGCUAACUCUACACUUAACACCUUGCCUUAUCUAUUGAAUUAUAUUUUUUACGAGGGUCAAAAUGAGAUUAGUUAUCGGUUAAAUAAUUGAUUAAGAAAUCCAAAAAUUUAGAUGGUUAGUAAUCAGGCUACUUCACUUCAUAAAGAUCAAGCAAAAAUUGUAUGUCAACACAAGGGUCAUAAAAGUGUUGAGGGAACAGAAUACUCAUCUUAUUUAAUAACAAUAUAUCAAUAAUUUAAAAAUAUAGCUGUCAAGUGUAGACCAGUGAAUUAAUAAUUAUAGUAAUAAUAUUAAACCUUAUAAUCUAACAAUUUGACAUUGCACUUGCCAGUAUUUACAAAAAACACAAAUUUCAAUUGCUACGUUAAUACUAACAGACAAGUAAAUCUAAAUAAAACAUGUCAGGUGAUAUUUAGUGUUUACACAAGUAAAGAAGUUAUUGUCAAAAAUACAUUAAAUUUUGACUUGGUCCCGUUGAAGCAUAUUCAACAGUUUUUUUAAAUUUGUAUUAUAUACAAAAAUAUGAGUUUUAGUGAUUACCGAACAUAGCAAGACAUUGAUUCAUCAGAACUAUCAUCAUAACUUAAGUCUGAAUCAUCAUGGUAUAUCCUAGUAACAGCAUCUGUAAAUUAAUUAAAAUAUUUUAUUAUU